AUGACUAGAUAUUUAAGAUCUGAUGCACCUCUAUUUUCUCCUGAAGAUUAUUCUUAUAUCUUACAGUGUCGUGAUAAAAAACCAAGAUAUAAAAUUAUAAAUGAAUUGAUGACUCAGUAUAAAACAUCGUCAAAACGUAUUUAUCAAAUAUGGAGAGGACAGGAACGUUCCAUUGACCCCAUGCUUAAUACGCAAAAUAAAUCUUUAGACUUAGCUUUUCAGACCAAUAUAACUGAAAUUUCACCAGUAGAAAAAAAGAAUCUGAUUGCUGAAAACCUUAUUGAUUUAUGUACUGAACCACUAAUAGAUAAUGCAACACUCAAUAAGAAAUCAUCUGAUAUGAUAAGUUUUUAUUGCACUGCUUGUGAUAUAUCGAAACAAAAUUGGAUAUUUACCGAACAGUCUAGAUAUAUUAUGACUCAAAACUCUGAAAAAAUAAUUCGAUAUCUGCGAUCUGAUGCAACUCCUUUAUCAGAUGAUAAUAUACAAGAUAUCAUUAAUGCCAGAAAUUCGAUGAAACGUGCAUCAGAAGCUAUGGCUAUCAAAUAUAAAAUAUCAACAAGGCGUGUAUAUCAAAUAUGGAGGGAAAACCAUCCACCAAUAGAUCCUAGAGAAAUGAUAUCUCAACCAAUUAAUAUAGAGUCGAUAUCAUCAACAAAAAAGAAUAAUCAAAAAAAGAAGGUUAGUAUAAAUAAUGUAGAGACAAAGCCUUAUUGCUCUGUAAUAAAUCAUUCGGAAGUUUUAUCUAAUGAAUCAGUGAAA